UGUUAUUGAAGAUGGCCGACGAAAAGUGUAAAGAUGGUUUUAUUGAUUUUGACUGGAAAUCUCAUCGUGAGACGUUAGAUGAUGUAUUUUUUACUUAUCAAGAUGUUAUAAAAAGGUUAGGUUGAUUUAAUUUUUACAGCUAACGAGUUUGUGUACUUCAAUUCAAAACCAAUAGCUUGCAUGCAUUUGAAAUAUUUUUAGACAUGGAGCCUGUUCACCCAGGAGCCUGCUGUAUUAUUAAAUAAAGACUGUUUGGUCUGCGCGGGGAACGUAUGAUUUUAAUUCAGCUUUAGUUUCUGUCCAUGCAUUUUCAAUUAUUUCGUGUUAAUUUUGUUUUUAAAAUAAAGGAGGAGCGAACAGUACAAAGAUUUUUGGCAGUUUCUUGAGCGAUAUCAGCAGUACCAGAGAAGAAAAGGAAAUAGUGAACAAGAUGGAAGAGAUAAAAAACAUGGAACUAAGAGUGAGUGCUCUAUGUGCUGAGGGAAUAAAAGUUUACCAAUUUGGCUAAAAAUUAUGUAUUAAGCAAAGUUUGGUAGUGCAGUUGGCAAAUAAAUCUAUUCAUGCCGGAGCUGGAGGUUUCAAAAUAUUUUUUUAUGCCAAGAAAUUUGAAAUUUGAACUUUAUCCAAUAAGGCUGACACACAUAUUUAGUCGACAAUCGGAAAAAAGGGCAUUAUGCACGUUUUGUUUUUCGAUAACCAUUUUAAUCAUUGACAAUGGUUCAAGAUCGUCUGCAUUUCAGUUUUAGGAAGUACAAACUACUUUCAUGAUUCGUAUUUAAUAUUUUAAUAUUAGGCAUAUAUUUUCAAAUAAAUACAGAAAUACGCCGGGCAAUUUAUGCCAACACGCCUGCAUCUUAGCGAUCGGUACACCAUUACGCCAAGACUAGUACAUCUCCACGCCGGAGAUCUCCGAACUUUUGUGCACAGAAUCACAAUCACAUUGCCAUAUUCAAACCACCAUCGAUCAUCAUCAUCAUUAGUUCAUUAGAUCACCAGAUGUCAUCACCAUACAGUCAUCAGACCAUCAUCCUCAUUAGUUUACCACUAGGCCUAAAAAAAGUACCUAGGGUUGGUACACUGCAUGAGCAGCCCGCAACCACCCAGAGAAAAUAGGGUGGCACUGUCAGUCGCAUUGAAAAAAUAAUAGGGUCGGGAGAAAAAAUAAUAGGGUCGGGAAAAAAAUAGGGUCGGUCGGGAAUCGGAACCACUGAGGUAUUUUUUUUUUAGUCCGCACUACCGGCAUUGUCACAACCAGCAGCAUCAUGCUUAUGACCAUCAUCAUCACUGCCACAUUUUAAAACGUUUUGGUCAUUAAAUUCUAGGGAAAGAAUCUUCUGUACUGGAAUUGCCAGAAACAUUUAAUAAAAGAUAUAAGUUUAACAUCUCUCUUGCUACAAAAGAUGCGAGAACAUUAAAGAAGUUACUGAGAAGCAAAGGUACUAUUGAAAACUCAUCAAUGCAUGAUCAAGUAUACAUUUUCAGUGGAAUAGUAUAUGAUUCUCCAAGUCAAGUUUAUCGAUUGCUGUAAAGGUGUUCUGGAUAAAUAAAACAGAAUAUAAAAGAAAGAGGCAGUACAACACAGCUGUAAUGUAAAAAAGGGGAGAGAGCUGCCACUCAAUGGGUUAACUGAAGCCUCAAAUCAAUAUUUGUGGCAACAGUGGCAUGGUGCCUAAAUCGUAGUAAUACUUCAUUUCUAGUUGACUACCGUGGCACACAGAGAGAUGAAUCAAACUCCUUGACAGUCAAUGACUUGUUAGAAUUCAAGACUAUUAUUCUUUACUACUUGGACUUUUGUCAAAAACAAAAAGUAUGUAUUCUAUUAUUGUAUUUUAUGAUUUGGAUUUUGACAGAUGAUAUUUAAUGAAAACCAUUUAUUAAUUAAACAGUACAAAUCAAUGGAAGAAAUGUCAAGUAGAAAAAUCCACACCAGCUGUUCCCUGUAAAAGGUCACUUUUCACAGCCAGUCUGAUUGUAAUCAGCCAAUUAAAUGACAGCAAAUUAAUAACUAGAUACAGUAUGAUUUUCAGUACUGUAGGAUAUUCGUUUUUUUAUUUUUUUGCGGAUUCUGUCAUGUCAUUUAAAAUUCCAAUUAGCGCUUGCAAGACAAUUACAAGAGAAAUUAAUUGACAAUUUGUUUCAUUCAAAUUAUUACCACACAAGCACACAAGUAAUAUUUUAACUUAUAUUCUUUUUAGUUUGCCAAACUCCAGAAACUGAAGUCAGACCAAGCCAGUCUACCUAUCAGUCAGUUUAGAGAUGUCAUAGUACAGCAUGUCACUGAUCACCAAGUUGUAAUUGUAGCUGGUGACACUGGCUGCGGAAAAUCGACACAAGUAUGUUUAAAAUAUAGCUUACACAUGCAUGAUCGAAAAAUUAAUUGUCAACAGUUUUGUGACACAGUUAUUGAGCUAUUGAUUAAAGGUUUCAAAAAUUAUUUGGGGCAUGGGUACCUUCCUCCCAAGUAUUUGCCACUGUCUGCGAUCAAGCGCAAGUGCUAGUGUCCAUCUUCACUAUAUUUCUGAUAUAGAUACCUCAAUAUCUUCUUUCUGCUGGCUUUUCUCAAAUAUCUUGUACACAGCCCAGGCGAAUCGCUUGCAUCUCUCUUGCUAAACGUGUGAGUUAUGAAACCUUGAAUGAAUAUGGCUCAGAUGUUGCUUAUCAGGUACAGUAUUUGCACAUCAUAUUAUUACGCAUUUAAGCACAGGUUGGCCAGGAAUGCCAACACAUCACAUAAGAAAGAUUAUUUAACACCCUAUUAAUGAUCAAAGUCAUAAACUUCACGACCUUUCACCUGCCUUAAACUGAUCAUCAUGUAGACAAUCUUUGAGACAUGAAAGAAUGUAACUUCCAUAUUCCUUGGUGUAAAACUAAUAAGUUUCAAGGUCUUCUAUCAUUGCCUCUGCCAGUUGUUUCACAGUGUGAUUUUUAUCUACGGACAUAUAUCUUAUUGGAAUUGAAUGUAAUAUUCAUCUGUAAAUUCUUAAACAAAUGUAAUUCAGCUUUUGGCUGCAAAUAAAACAGUUUUGUUGUAUAUUGCUUCAAUUUUAGAUUAGAUUUGAAACAAGCAAAACACGACACACAAAAAUAUUGUUUCUCACUGAAGGUAUGCUCCAUUAUUAUAUACAAAUUUUAGUAAUACUAAAAGUAUUGUAAGGUUGUGUUUCAAUUUUCACUGCAACCAACCCAAAUUAUCACAUCCUGAUCAUCCUGUAAAGCAAAGUAGUGAGACCUGGUUGACAUGACUCUGAACCACAAUUUUCUUUUUCUUCCAGGUUUACUGUUACGCCAGUUAUCUUC